AUGCGCAUCGCGACGCUGCAGUUCGCCCCGAAGCUGGGUGAUGUUGAUGGCAAUAUUCAACGUGCCAAUGAAAUCCUGAAGCGUGGAAAGGUUCUUUCGUUGGAUCCUGGCCCGAUUUUGAAUUCCAAACCCGACCUCUUGGCUGCCAUUGAAAUUGAGAGAUUAAGACCUGAUAUUUUGGUCUUGCCCGAGCUCGCGUUCACAGGAUACAACUUCCCCUCACUGGAAGCCAUAAAACCAUAUCUUGAGCCCGCAUGCACAGGCCGCAGUGCCACCUGGGCGCGCGAAACGGCUAAGCGCUUACACUGCAAAGUAUGCGUCGGGUACCCGGAGAUUGAAAUUGAGAAUGAUAAGCCGGCUAAAUAUUAUAACUCACUUCUUGUGGUCGACGAGCACGGCGAAGUCAUCCACAACUACCGCAAGUGCUUCCUGUAUUACACAGACGAGACGUGGGCCGCAGAAGGUAAUGUGGAGCGGGGGUUCCACGAGCUUGAGUUUCACUCGCGGGAUGAUGUACAGCGAGUACCCGGAGAUCUCGUGGGCGAUAUUCACCGAGGUGCAGAUGCAAGUGGCGAUAAAGACGGUAAUGGGGGAGUAGGAUCAGGAUCAGAAUCCGGUUACGGUCCCGCAUCAUUCAGCAACAAAGUGGCAACGUCAUUUGGCAUCUGUAUGGAUAUCAACCCCUACAAAUUCGAAGCACCCUACACAGCCUAUGAAUUUGCCUCGCGGGUCCUGGACUCCAAGUCCCAGCUUGUGAUUGUGUCCAUGGCGUGGCUUGGUUUGGACAGCCGCGAAGCCCUAGCUGCAUUAAACGGGGAGCCCGAUAUGGAUACAUUUAGCUACUGGCUCCAGCGGUUUAUGCCACUACUGGAGAAAGAGAUGCGGCAUGCACGAAAUGUAGAUGGGGAUGAUGCGGCCCCCAAGCAGGUUGUGAUCGUCUUCGCCAAUCGAGCCGGGGAAGAGCCGGCGGCAGAUGAUACCAAGCCACCGGCGCUGUAUGCGGGGACCAGUACCGUUGUUGCGGUGACGCAACGGGCCGGGUCGGGGUCACGGGAGGGAGCACAGGCGGAGAAAUCGAUGGAGGUGAAGAUCCUCUGUUGGGAUCUACUUGGGGCAGCGGAGGAAGGCAUUUGUUUUGCGGAUACCACGGCAGAUCCGAAAAUGAUGUUUGGGCUUCGCCGUGCGGAGUGA